AUCUCAAAAGAUUCUUAUAUAAUCCAAUUUUCCUACCAAUCGAGCUAAAUCGCACUUUUUUUUUUUUUUUAAUAUGCCUAUAUUGAUAAAUUUAUUGCCGUUAGUCAAAUUAAAUUAGUACUAGUACAUUUUAAAAAUGUAAAAAUUAGGUAAAUAAAUCUAAGAAAACUGCAACAACCUUUUAUUAUUUGUGUAAGAACCUAUACCUUGUUAAGUUAAUGCCUCUUGCAGCUAGUAGUUGUAGGAGUAGCACUCACUCACAAUCACAAACAAAAAAACAAGUCUCUCUCCCUUUCUUACUCACACAUUUAUACUAUAAAACAGAGUAUAGGUAGUGUGUACGCGGUUGUGUAGCUAGGUGUCUUGUUUCAGGAGAUAUUCUUUUCUCUGAAUCUCUCCAAGACUUUUUGGUUCUCAUCUCAACUCAACUUUCAUUUGAGUAAGUAACAAAAAUAUCAUACUAUAUACACCACACUAUAUUUAUCUUCUUUUUUCUCUUACUUCCAUCAUCAUCAUCAUCUUCAUUAAUGUCACACUCUGUUUCACCACCACCGACACCUCUCCAUUCUUCACCUCCCUCUUUCUCCGUUUUGUAGAAGAAAAACAAGCUGUAGUAUGUAAGCUCAGCAGAUCUGAAAUAAAAUUCAGGAAACCAUCUAUCACAAUGAGUAGAAAGGUUUACGAUGAGAUAAAGCCGGGGAAGUCUUCAUUGCCAUAUGCUGCUGAUUAUCAUCAUCAUGAAAUUCACAAAAAUGACGAAGAUAGAACUUUAAAAUCUUACCGGAACCACCACAAGCAAGGGAAUUAUGGAAGGGAGUAUGAAGAUGAGAUGGUUAAGUACAUGUCCAAUUUGCCAAGUUAUUUACAAAGGGGAAGAGAGGAGAAUCGCGACAAAGUUUUAAAUGUCGGCGUUCUUGAUUGGAACCGUCUAGAACAAUGGCAGAACAGUCGUAAACAGGGAUCACAUGGAAAUAGCAGGAUUUCAACAUCUAGUAAUGCAUCCUCUUCUGUUUCGACAGACGGGUUAUCUGGUCAUUCUAGUAAAGAUCAAAAGACAUUGCAUCAGUCGCUAAAAGCACACUUUGCGGCUUCUUCAAUUCAAGACCACUCUCAAGCUGUCAAACUCUCUAGAAGAAGUGUUGGACAUUGUCAAGAUUUUAGAGGUAGUGUUGGUAAUAUUAACACACAGAGCAAACAUGUUAGAGCAGAUGAUCCUCUUUCCCGGAACCAUCCUAACAGCAGACUCAAUGGAUGUGACAGGAAAUAUUUGGAGCCGCAUAUUGUUAAGGAAAGUGGCAUCAUUCCACAAAUGCAAAUACACAAGGAAGCAUCUUGUGCUAAGCUAGAAAUGCGCGGUCGAGAUGGUGGAAUUGAAAAAAGAGUUGAGAAUUUGAAGGAACCAAAUAUUGAUAAUGUUGUGCAAGGUAUGAUCAGGAAAAGCGAGCCAGUUGCUCAUCUUUUGCCUAGAGACAGCCCUCGGAAUAGUAAUUGUCGAGUUCCUCAUACACAAACAUUCUUAUCUCAGAAGUCAGAAAAGUAUAGUCGAUUGAGCUUUUCGGAACAGCCUAAGGAGUUCUUUCGGAAAGAACUAACUUAUGAUAUUUCGCAUUCCGGUACCCUUCCAGAUGAAUUUGGCUGUAAUGAUUCUCAGCAUAAAGGGUCUGGCUGCAGUUCCACAGAUACGGAAAGUAUCAAACUUCCUGCUUCUACCUUUUCAUCACCGGUAUCUACUUCUUCAUCACCUUUAUCAGUCAGAGUGGAAAUAAGCCCUCCCAAUUCUGGAAACGCUGAGGAAAGGAAACAAACCAUGGCCAAAACUUCAUCUGCAAAUGGGACUCUCCAUGGAUUAGACCAAAAAGUAACAUCAGAAAAGUCAAGAAGCUCUUCACCUUUUCGUCGAUUAAGCAUCAGCAUUGGCUAUAGAGGCUCUGCUUGUAAAGAGACUCAGCACGUGCCGCAUCAGAACUCUAUACCAGCUGCUAAAUCUAGUUUAGAAAAUGCGAGAGGUUGUGGUAACUGCAACAUCUCAGGCAGUGAUAAACCUGGUGAUGCCGGUAGAAGCAGGACAAGCCCUUUAAAGAGGUUACUGGAUCCAUUGCUUAAACCAAUGACAGCUAGGUUCAGUCACUCCUUGGAAUCAUCUCAGAAGGAUUCAUCCUUAGUAAAUAAUAAUUGUAGGUCAGUUAAUGGGAGAUUUUCAACUCUACAUCCAAUCAAAGAAGUGGAUAGGGAGCAUAGUGUCAGCCCAGUAAAGACCGUCGAUUCUUCAAAAGACAAGAAGCGUCUUCCAUCAACGACUCAAGCUCUUCUGAGAAUCUCUAUGAAGAAUGGCCUUCCUCUUUUCACAUUUGCUGUUGACCAAACUGACAGCAACAUUCUUGCAGCCAAAGUGAAGAACUUAGGUGGCUCAGGAAAAGACGAAUGCAACCGUGUCUAUACCUUUUUCACCUUUAGCGAGGUUAAGAAGAAGAAUGGAAGUUGGAUGAGUAAAUCAGGAAGGAGCAAAAUCCCAGAUUAUGUUCCUAAUGCUGUUGCUCAAAUGAAGGCUUCUGAUUCGCACUAUUAUGAUUUAACCGGUCAGAAUUGUACGAACUCCUCUAGCAUGAAAGAGUUUGUUUUGUUUUCUGUAAAGCUCGGGCAAGGGGAAGAUCCGGACACCGACUAUCAGCCGAAUAAUGAGCUCGCUGCUAUUGCCGUCAAAAUACCUAAGGCUCUCAGUUUGAGUAACAAUCAACACCAUAGAAGUUUCAACAAUGAUAGUCAGGAUCAUGAUGUUGUCUGUGCAACGGUUGUGCUCCCAGGUGGGGUUCAUAGUCUUCCGAGUAAAGGAGGACCUUCAUCACUGCUUCAGCGCUGGAAAUCGGGUGGAUCAUGUGACUGUGGCGGAUGGGAUUUGGCUUGCAAACUUAAAAUUCUUGCUGGUGAAAAUCAAGCAAGUAAAAAAUCAUGGUCAUCCAAAGCUUAUUUUGCAGAUUAUCAAUUUGAUCUUUUUGUUCAGGGGAACGAACAAGAUCCGCGACCAGCAUUCAGCUUAACGCCCUUUGAGAAUGGAAUGUGUUCCGUAGCUUUUGACUCGUCACUCUCACUUUUGCAAGCAUUCGCCAUUUGCAUAGCAUUGGUGGAUAGCAAGAUGCCUUGUGAGCUUUCAGGAUCAAGAAACUCCAUUGAAGACAAAAUUCCAAAGGAAACACUAUCAGUGCGAACCGAGGAACUAAAAGUUUUUGGUAAAUUGAAGGAUAUUCCUGCAAGUUAUGUUUCUUAUCCACCAGUUUCUCCUGUUGGUAGGGUCUAAAAUUAACAUGUGGUAGAGACAUUUCUCCACAAGCUAGAGUAUAAGAUUAUAGCAGUAUCUUAGUAUUUUUUUAUGUUUAUUUUUUCUCAACAGAAGCAAGUAUUAGUAGUACUAAAAAAUGCACAAUGUGAUAAACAAUCAUUCUCAUAUAUCAAUCAAGUGAAGUGUGAAUAGUAUGAGUAAAUUGUAUUCUAUGGAAUAAAUACCAGCACUGUAAUGUAAUCAUAAUUCUUUGGUAAGAAAUAUGUUUUGGCAGAAGCAGAUUCAUUCAA